CUCAUAGGUAGAAUUUCCGAACGCACUCCUAGCAGGUUAAAGCGACAUGGCUGCUCCAAGUUUCUUUCUUGCAAUACUUAACAUGACUACAACCAAAACAUAAACGCUAAAUGCGUUUUUUUAAAGAAUAAUACAAAGUGUGAUUGACAGUGAUUAUUAUAAUAAGAAUUUGAUAUUUGAUUGUUUUCCAGCAUAAAGUUUGACAAGAUUACCAUGCAAGCAAAUGAACAGGAAAGUGAUUCUAUAAUUUCUCUUCCAAAGGAUGAUUCUAUGAUUAGUGACAGUGACAUAAAGAAUAGUGAAACAAUGUCCGAGUCAUCAGCAUGUAAUGAGCAAAGCACUGAAAAAUUACGAACAGAAAACAUGUCUGAAUCCUCCCCAAAUGAAACGGAUGAUAUUUGCAAAGAAUCAGGAUUUAAGAAGCCGCUUUUACUGAUUGAACCAAAGCGGAGUAAGAUUGAAAAGUCUCAUAUAGUGAAUGAUAAUGUAAUUCUUUCAUCUUCUGAAUUCUUAUCUAUGAAUAAUGGAGUGAUCAAAGCUCUCGAUUUACAAAAAGGUGAUAAUAAAGAUAAGGGCGACAAGUCAAUCUUGGAGAAUUCUGUAGAAACGAAUGUUUUAUCUGAUGCAAAAAAUAUUCCUGUAUAUUUGGAACCGAAUUGGGGUGGGAAACCAACAGAGGAGUAUAAGUUAGAAGUUCUCAAAUCUGGUGUAAUUCUAGAGAAGAUUGAUCUAACCAAAAGAAGUUUUUAUUUGUUAGGCAGAUUACCUUCUUGUAAUCUGUCUCUUGCUCAUCCGACUAUCUCAAGAUAUCAUGCAAUUAUUCAAUACAGAAUGGUGGAAGAUGAGAAGAACUCUAAAGGUUUUUAUUUGUAUGACUUGGAAAGCACUCAUGGUACAUUUUGGAAUGGACAUCGUAUAAAACCGAGAACCUAUGUCAGAUUACAUGAUGGGCAUAUAAUUAAAUUAGGCGGUAGUCAGAGAAAAUAUAUACUACAAGCACCAAAUGAUCAAGAAGAGGAAUCUGAACUAUCAGUUACACAACUGAAGGAAAAACGAUUGGAAGAGUUGCGAGAACGAAAGAUUAGACAAGAAGAAGAAGAAGAGGCUGAAGAGAGAGCAAAACAGGCAGCAGAAAAUGAGGGUAUUGAUUGGGGAAUGGGAGAAGAUGCUGAUGAGGAAACGGACCUCACAGAAAAUCCUUAUGCUUCUAUGGUAGAUGAAGAACUAUAUUUAGAUGAUCCUAAAAAAACACUGAGAGGAUGGUUUGAAAGAGAGGGAUAUGAUUUGCAAUAUCAAGUAGAAGAAAAAGGGAUAGGACAAUUUUUAUGUUGGAUAAAUUUGCCUAAAGAAUGUUUUGGCAGUCGUUCCAUAAAAGCGGAAGCUCUUGUUAAAGGGAAGAAGAAGGAAUCCGUCAUUCAAUGUGCUUUGGAAGCCUGCAGAAUCUUAGAUAGGCAUGGAUUAUUAAGACAAGCUAAUCACGAGAGUCGAAGAAAGAAAGCAAAAAAUUGGGAAGAGGAAGAUUAUUAUGAUUCAGAUGAAGAUAACUUUUUGGAUCGAACCGGAAUAGUAGAAAAGAAACGUGAGCAGAGAAUGAAACUAGCUGGAAAAUUUGAAGAAAAAAUUGAAACUUAUAAUUCAUUGACUGAAAAACAUAACAAUAUGAUGAAUAAAAUUUCGCAUCUGACUAAUCGUUUAAAAGAGGCACAAGAAAGUAAUACUAAAGCGGCAGAAUCUAACCAGGAUUCUUUGGAUGCUUUUAUGUCUAAUCUAAAUACAUCUUCUUUAAGUAAAAGCGAUAUAAUAAAAACAAAGAUGGAAUUGCAAAACCUUCAUAAAGAAGAAAUAAAAUUAGUUAAAUUAAUAAAUCUUACAAAGCCGGCCAAUUUACCGCCUCUUAUUAGCCAAGUCCAGGCAGAAGAUAAAAAGGACGAUUUGCAGCAAAAAUCAAAAGCUUCCGUGAAGAAAAUUUCUCAACUUGAAAAAAGAAAAAAACUUUUUGAAGCAAAGAAUAAAGACGAUUUUGCAAGAGCACAAUUGUCAACUUUAGAUAGUAAUAAUGCUAUAGAUAAUGUCGAAGAAGAGGAAAAUGAAGAAGAAAGCGAAGAUAAUACGAAAGAACAAGUCGAACUUGAUACGACCAAAAAAUCUAUGCUAUUCAUGGAAGAAAUAAAAUCGCAGAAUUGCAUUAAAACCAAGGACGAACUGUGUACUUUAAAAAACAUCGAUACAGAACCAGAUAAACGAAACGCAAAGAUUGUAGAUGAUAAAAAACGAAGAAAAGAUAAAAAAAUGGAGAAAUCGAAAAUUAUGAAAAAGCAAUACGAUCAAGAUGUCCACUCGGAAGAUUAUUCUACAUGGACACCACCACAAAAUCAAUCUGGAGAUGGCAGAACAAGUCUUAAUGAUAAAUAUGGAUAUUAAGUUAAGGUUAAUGCUAUAUAUAAGAUAAAUAAUGUAAAUAUUUCCAAUCAAACUUUGAUAGUAUCUCACACACUCACACACACACACACACACACACACA